AUGGACAACGUUGGACUUGGUACUAUGGCAUCGGCAUUUCCAGGCGCAACUUCGCAAAGACCCUCAUACUCGAAGAUCGCAGCAGCUGGACUUCAGCCGCCAAGCUCACAGCAUACUCCAAACACCACAGCACACACAGAGCAAUCCGAAGUAAUUUCAUCGCCGCAACAAGGCGUCCAUUCUGUCUCUCCUUCAAGCGAUUUUGUCGCGCAAACUUUCACACCCAAGCAGAAAAAGCUGGUAGCAAUGGCUUCAAAGGACUCGAAAGAGGUUGGCAAUGACAGCAUAUCGGGUCCACAGGUCCACAUUCACAGCGCAGACUCUCCGUCCCCGUCGGAUCAGGAAUCACGUGCGCCGGAGGGUAUGCUUGUACCUGGUGGAGCGGAUGAGGCUGGAACUCAAGUGUCGUCUUCGAGCGGAUCUGGCAAGCCACCGAGUUUGGACGGAAAGAGUGUCACGUCGGGUACGACGUUUGCACUCGACGAGAAAGAGUCUUUGCGCCCUGACGACAGUGCCAGUGUGAAGGCCACCGAGGACGAAGAGUAUUAUGCUCCUCCCAGUUCUGGUCUGCCUUCACGAACUGGUUCGGACGACGGUGCCAGGGCCUUCCGCGAUCAACUGAGGGAAAUCUCAUCCAUACAGCCGUCCCCACAUCACACCGGCGGAGCGCAGGCACUCAGCCGACCCGGCCACCCGCCACAAUGCGUUCUCUAUGUGCCACCGUCAGGCUCAGGGGUGGGGGUCGUUCCUAGAGCUACACCUGCCAACGAUGCACCGAGCGAGCGAAAGCAGACAAACCCUGAUCCAAAGCUCUUGGAAGCGCUAGAAAGUCCAAAAGACCGCAUCAUGGUACUCAAGCUCGAGCAGGACCUUGUCGACUUCGUCAAGGAUGGGACAGAGUCGUCUCUGAUGUUGCCUCAAACCAAUGCAUUUUAUCGGAUGCUUGCGCACAAACUCGCGGAGUAUUACAUGCUGGGGCACCUUUCCGAUGAAUCUAAUUCGGCGGUGCGCAUCUUCAAAGCUCCAGGACACCAGCUGCUACCUGCACCCUUGACGGGCAUCGCGACCCCUUCCACCGCUGCUAGUACGCCGCCACCUGCUCCUCCCCAGAUGAAGAUCUUGCGUCGAGGCAUGAAGGUUGAUGGGCCAACGAUUGCGAACGGCUCGAACUCACCGUCGAAGACUGCGUCAGAGAGUGGAGAGGAUGGCAACGACGAGCGAAAGCCAAAGCUGCCAGUCUCGCGCGAAGAACGUGAAGCCAAGUAUGAGGAAGCACGCAAGCGCAUUAUGGGUUCGGCGAAGCCAACCGGCUCACCCGACGCUGCGCUGCAGAACGAAGAUUCGCGUUCAAGCUCUGCUGCUGGAAAGAAAGCCUUCAGGAAGAAGCAGCGAGCCGACAGUGACGACGAUUUCGAAGCAAGAUCAGCGUACAGCGCGUACUAUCCUGCUCCUUACACGCCAACUGCGCCAGGGCAGGGGUUUGCAUACCCGAACAUCGUCAACUCUCAACCUCAGCAGUACCCGCCAACGCCGUACGGCGUUACGCCGGCAACGCAAAGCUACUCGUCUUACGGAGCUCAAGGUACCAAUACCUGGACGUCGACUCAUUCCAAUGGCGCUCAGAGUAAUGCUCCAUGGACACAGAACCAGCAAUCCAGCUUCGACCUCUUCCCGGACUUUCAGCGUGCCAUGACGUUGCAGCAGUCGCCAAUGGCCGCCCAAAGCCCUGGCAUGCAGCAUCGUUCCGCAGCAGCCUGGGGGCAACAAUUUGGCGGAUACCAACCCGAAAGGCCACAGCAAACGCAUGGUACGGUUGGGCAACCGCCACAAUCUGGCCUGCACUACCCUCAAGGAUACCCUCGCCCUCAGCAGCCCAUUCCAGGCACAUUCAAUCAGUUCCAGUCUUAUCCCUAUGGACAGCUGCCCAGCCAGACAGUGCCUGGUCGCAUGCCUAGCAAGCUCGAACACCCACUGCCAGGCAGCUACAAGAGCAAGCACUUCAACCCGCAAAGCCAAACCUUCGUUCCAAACCACACAACUGUCAACAACCCACGACAGGUGAUGCCGCAAAUGCCGCAAAUGCCACAAAUGCCUCAAAUGCAGCAGAUGUCGCAAGCGCAUGGUGGUGAGAUGAGCUGGUCGCCAUACAACUCGGCCUGGCAGCCUCAGAGGCAGAACUCGAACCAGUCGUACAACCCUCCCAUGGCUUCGCCGCACCCACCUGCCAUGUCCGCAGUGCCGCAUCGCAACUCGAGCCAGCCAAUGGUCCAUCCAUUGCCGCAGCCCGUGUUUCCACGCCAGCCGUCACCGAAUCUGCCUCUCCCGCCGAAGCCUAUAGAGCAAGGCCACAGCAGCAUCUCGAAAUGGGGCACGCCCGCGUCUCUUCCUGCGAAGCCACCGCCCCCGGCGUCAGCGUAUUGA